AUGAACGCCCUUGACUUUCUAGUCGAUUUCACAGCUCUUAUGAGCACAUCGAAAGCUUCAAGACCAGGCAAUGAUGGAAAUGACAUCGAUCAGGACGUCGGAGUUGCGCGCAGAAAAGCAGCUUCGGCGUCAGAGAAGUGUGUUACUUCCUCAGAAGGAUUCUCUCCUAUCAACGGAAAGCGAUCGGUAAAUACAAUUCAACUCCAGUCCAGCAUGGCGCCAUCCCUAUCGCAGCAGACCUUCCCAGCCCAUGUGGUCAAUUAUCCUACCUCGAACACUCAAUAUUAUGGCCCAUACGAAGGAUCCUUCGCGGUUCCCGCAGACCCUCAAAUGAGUCAAUCUUUCGGCCAGUUCCUGCAUCAGCGUCCCGGCCUCGGUCUUCCUUACGCGACCAACGACGAUAUGAGCUACCUUGCUUGCGACUGUGAACGGCUCGCUCACUGGGAUCCAAGCUACGAGAUGAACUAUUUGCUACCAGCAGAGCCAGUAUGGUGGAUCCAUGUUCAGCCCCAAUCUCACUCACCGAACCACAAUAUGCGGUUCUUGGAAACACAGUUUGUGCUACCAGUGGAGGAAAUGUCAACACAGCCAUCACAGUGUAUGAACGCAGCACAUUAUUGCCAAUACCCUCCGCCGCAUCAAGCUGUAAGCAAUGACUACGCACAGUAUUUGCAAGAUAUCUCUGGGAACCGCAUACAUCUGUUUUGA